GAAUAAAAAGCAGGGUCGUUCAGGCAAGAGCGCACAGUGUCCUGACACCAGAGCCUCCUCGUCAGGUCAGCGCUUUCUCUCUCGUCUCACGCUUUUCUGCGAAGUCCCCGUUUCAAAGGCAAGUCGCUCCGUGAAAGCCAGCAGUCGUCUGUUAGUGUCGUGAAGAUGAGCCGCUCGCGCUGUGUUCCUCUGCUGCUGCUGGUGCUCUGCGGAGCCGCCGGACUCACCGAAGCCUGCAGCUGCUCUCCUGAACAUCCUCAGCAGGCGUAUUGCAAUGCGGAUGUCGUGAUCAGAGCCAAAGUAGUUGGACGCAAGGAGGUGGUCACCGGCAAUGAUGCCUAUGGCUAUCCAAUCAGAAUGAUCCGAUAUGAAGUCAAACAGAUAAAGAUGUUUAAGGGCCCUGAUGCAGAGAUUGACACCAUCUUCACAGGCCCCUCCUCAGCUUUGUGCGGGGUCAAUUUUGAGAGCAAUGGCAAGAAGGAAUACCUGAUUACUGGUAAUUUGGAUUCAAACGGCACAUUGCGUAUAAAUCUUUGCGACUACAUUGAAUCUUGGGAGACUCUGAGUAUGACACAGAAGAAGAGCUUGGGUCAGCGCUACCAGAUGGGAUGUGAUUGCAAGGUGGUCCAGUGUUCCACGAUUCCCUGUUCCAUCAACGACCCCACAGAGUGUCUUUGGACUGACUGGGUUCUGGAGGGAACGGUUCAGGGGACUCAGGCUCAGCACUACACCUGCAUUAAGAGGAACGACAGCAGCUGUGCCUGGUAUCGUGGAUCUGCCCCUCCUAAAAAAGAGUUCAUGGACAUUGAGGACCCAUAAGCAAGAACUCGUCCAGAAAAUCCCUCACAACACAGCUUACCAUACUUUAAACUCACACCCUAAUUCUGCAAACACAUUCUAGAGCUCACGAAACCUGUCGAGAACAUGCCUGGAUCACCCCAAAUUCAAAAGAAAAAGAUAAUAUAGAUGGUAAUAUUUUUGUACGAAUGAAUGAGUGAAUACAAAGAAAUAAUGACUAUUUUGCAUAAAGAAAUAAAGUUUGAAAGAAUAUAAAAAUGCCUGUCCGUCAGAUUUUUUUUAUUAUAGUAUUAUUAUAAUAUUGUACCGUAGCGUUUAGAUCGUCGAGAAUGACAAACAAUCCGAACAUUCUAUGAUGGGAUAAGAAUUAUGCCGGAAAUUUUUCUUUUGAUUUUAGGGUGAAUUAUGAUGCAGUAUUUUCUGUAGCACGAAAGAAUGCAUACAUUUGGCUGCAUGUUAACAUAUCAAGUAAAUCUUACCUCUAGUGUUAUUUUUUUAAUGACAGUUAUCUUAAGCACUUUGAGAACUUAGAGGGGUGUUUUUUGUUAUAUUUUUUGCUCUCCAAUAAAGAGGAAAUUGGUUACAACAUGGUUUUUCGCUUCCUCAAGCACAGCUUGAGUAAAGACUUCUUGAUCUUUUAUGUUGUCAUUAUUAUUGUUAGAACGCAAAGCAAAAAGACUGAAGUAGUUGUGCCAUAAAGCAUUCAUGGCUCAUGAUUUACGAUGAUUAGAAGGCUUUACUAGUUUGUCAAAAUUCUGUAGAAACUGCAUCAUAAAGAAAAAAAUGUUCUUUUAUAAUUUAAGAUACGUUACCAAUCAAAGCUUUGGAUGCACUUGACUAAAUUUGUGUUUCAAUUCAAUUUUUAACACACACACACACACACGUAGAAUAACUCCUUUUUUGUCACUACACAAUCCCCGUACUUUCUUUUAUGUUAUUUCAUAGCUUUGACUUAUAUUGAAAAUAGUAAUACCAAUAAUUAAAAGGAUAAUGAAGUAUAACAGUCAGCAUCGGUAGGUGUGUCCAGACCUUUGCUUGAUAGUGUACAUCAGAAAGUGAAUUGAAUUCAUGGGCGUAAUGUAAGUGUCAUGGGCGGAUGUAAAUUCAUACUGUACUGUGCAUGUAGCAACAGAAGUAGAUCUGGCAGUGAUGUAUGUAUUUUGUAAUAUAUACAGGAUUUUUCUAAUUUAUAUCAAAAUUGUUUGCUUUGAACGUGUCCGGAAAAUAAAUCCUUUUUUAGUCAGUUAAUGCAUUCUUCACAACUGCGUUUAUUAAGAGUUGUCUCAAGUAAAUGUUGUAGAAAGUGUUUUUUUUUAAUUAACCAUGAUACUUUUUGUACAUUUGUGUUAUUUUCCUUUUUUCUUUUUUUCUUCUCGACGUAGUGGUAGAUUUCCAGUGCUGGAACCAUUGGGAAGACUUGUUGAAGCUAGCUUUUGCAUGCAUUUUAACGUUAAUUGAUACUUAUUGUUAUAACUGUUAUAGUACUCAUGAAUAAAAGAGAAGAACUGUC